GCGGCGGGUAUGGGCAGGGGUAGGUCUCGCUAGGCGGGCAACCCGCUAGCAGCACUGCAGGCAGGCAGGCAGGCAGGCAGGCAGGUAUGGCGAUGAAUAACACGGGAAGUCCGUAUAUCCUCGCGUAACGAUGAACGAAUAAAUACAACGUCGCCGAAGGUAAGAGCCGAGCGUUCGCGGAAUCGUUCAGAAGAGUGCGACUCAACCGCGACGGAAAGUUGGUUUCGCAAACACCGAACCGAAUCAAAUGUAUGUACGGAAACGGAGGUAGGAACAGAGAGAAGGAACAGCGGCGAUCGAAUGACAUGUAUUGUUCCGCAAGUGCAUUGGUUCUAGUGAUUGGCACGCUGGGUUUGUUGAGUCAUCAUCCUCAGAUCGUUCUCGCGGACGACGGGAAAGCUAACUUGAUCAGCAUCGCGAAGUGUUGCGAGCCCGAAGAACUCCUCGUCGACGACACGUGCACGCCAUUGACGGAAACGAACGAGACCGAGUGGCGGCCAGAAUUCGUCGAGGAGAAGGUGAACGGCAUUUCGCGCAACAGACCGGUCAAGCCGAAUUAUCAGCUGAAAAUCGGCAGACCCAAGUGUCAGCCGAACGAGCAACAAUGGAAUGUGUAUCAUUAUCGAUCGGGCGAGGACCGACUCGCGAUACUAACGACUGGCGUUUUACGGCACUACACCACCGAUUUGACGAAAGGAAAGCACGAACGCGGCGGUGUUUAUGGGUACGACGACACUACGGAUGACGAAGAUCUCGAGACGACGUCCAUACAUUAUGAUUACCCGUUUGGGCAUUAUUGCGCGGACAAGGCAAUUUUGAGUAGAGAUCGAUUGGUGGCAACGUACGCGAUGAUCUGCGUGCCGGACGUGGUCCUCGGAUGGACCGAUACCAAUUACUUGAUGAAACACGUGAUCGACCCGACCUUCCAUGCGAUAUCGAUAGCCAGUUACCUGGUCGUCGCCGUAGUCUAUUUCGUUUUACCGCAACUACGUGAUCUCGUGGGGAAUAUGAUAACUAGCAUGACCUUGUGCCUGAUCACCGGACAAUGUGCCUCGAUGGUCAGAAUUUUCACGGAAUUGGGCAAUCACGUCAGUUUUAUGAUGGCCGAUUCGGUCAUGUAUGUCUCGCUGCUUGCUGCAUUUUUCUGGCUGAACGCAUUGGGUUAUUACGUAUGGAGUACUUUCCGUUCGCGAAACGUAUUUUUAAGAGUAACCGAUGGCAGAAAGUACUGCUAUUAUUCUAGUUAUGUCUGGGGUUCGACGAUCUGUAUAGCGGGCUCAUCGAUUUUCGCACAUUUCGCUUUAGAAACGAACAAACCCGUCAUUACCGGAACCUUGUAUCCACCCCAAGAAACUAUUGGUUGGCUCGGGAUUUCGGUAUUAUUUAUGUCGAUCGUAUUAACGAUAAUGGUCGAUUUUUGCUUCGUAUUAACGACUUCGAAUAGGAUAAAACGCAUGAGCACAUACGGUCGAAUUCAUCAUAAAAUGAAAUACAGUUUCCGGAUGUUUGUUUUCUUGUUCGCAAUAAUGAGUACCGGUUGGUUGUCGCUGUUAUUUUCACGACUGAAUUACGAGCCGUUGGAAUAUUGUCACAUAGUGAUUAAUUUGCUUCAAGCAAUUUUAAUAUUGUACGUCUGUGUGUUUGGACAGAGAAGAGUUACGUUCUUGCUUGGGAAAACAUGCAAUUGUUGUAAUUCAGGGGAAAAUAUCGAGGGACUAGACUGGGGUGAAGAGAUGACUGCCAUCAAUGCGGGAUAUUAAAGAGGACUACUUACAUGUUUACAUACUAAGUGAUCAUGAUUUGAUUUCGAGUGAUAGUCGAAACUAUUUUAAUCUUUUCAUUGAAAACAGUAUUGUAUCAUGCAAUAUUUAAGUCAACAUAUCAAAUGAAAUCUGAGCAUUUCUAAACUAAUGCUUGAUGAUAAGAUCAUAAAGCAAAUAUUUAUUUAUCGCGUAAUGGAGAUUGCGGACUGCACUAAUGUGCAAAAAUAUAGAUAUCAAAAGAAGAAUAAAAGGUUUAUCAAGACAAAGCAUAUAAAUUUUAGCUUUAGCACAAACUAUAUUAAAUUUAUAUUUAUCAAAAAUAUUCGAUUUAAUCAUACGUGCCUUGAAACAAAAUUACUUCUGCCUUACGAAUGUGCACUUAUUGAUGUAAAAUAUUCAAUUAAUUUAUCAUAUAGAAUACAAAUAACAUUUCAUGAAUAUUAUCA